AUGGCUACAAUCUAUUGGGGGGCGACUCUCCGGCGGAUUCCUGACGAGGGUGCUUCGUCCUCAUUGAGUUCAGGGGAGACUCAAGGGGGAGUAGCAUUUCAAGGGCAAUUGGGGGCGAUAGGUGUAGGUUGGGGUGCAUUAGCGAUCAGGGACGAUCCAUUGCCACCACCAAAUCCUAACUUGUUAGGGGGCGACUGGCCGGUGGUAGGGGAAGCUGGAUGUAAUAUUGCGAGCUCAAUGUCUCUGGCUAGACAUCGCAGAGAGAAGAACCUCAACAAGCCAGUGUCCUCAUGGGAGACUCGGCAGAUUCAAAAACAGUGUGCGAAAUUGGGGGAUGAAAUUAAGCAGAUUUUAUUCAACUCCCUAGAGAAGCAAUUUGAGUUGGAGAUUAAUGAACUUGACGAAUCCAUAUUCACAAUCACUCAUGGCGUCCGAUUGGGCCGAGAUGGGUCUAGGUUGCUAAGGCGUCUAAGCUACAAGGGGAAAAAUAUCCUGCGUCGAGUGUUGAUGUACAGAGGUCCUCCACCACCACUUCUCAGAUCCUUUGUAGAGGUUGCUAGGGUGGAUGGGAUGGCCAAGAGGGAGCAAGGCCAGCGCCCAUGGAAGAGGCGCCAGGAGGAUUGGAUGGAGGAGGACGAUCUGCUGGACGAGGUGGUCCGCCAUGAACAAGAUCUGCGAGAAGGUUACAACUAUGAUAGAGGGGGUUUUGGUGAGCGCGAUUUUGGUCGUGGUGAUCAGGGAUUGAGGGGUGUUGAUCUUGGCCCGCAGGCUGGUAGAGGUUUCAGCAGGGGUCAGCUUAGGGGAGAGAUCUUGAAAGAGGGAAUAGAGCUUCAGGAGAUGAUUAUGGCAGAGAAAGGCCAUAUGGCUGCUGAAUGUAGUGAAAAGCAUCAAAUCAAACUUUUUGGCUUUGGAAUUCCAAAUUCUGGGUUCUAUUCUAUGGAAAUUCUAGACUUGCAAGUUAAGCAGAGUCAGGCUAUGGGGAUGGUUCUGGUGCAUCAAGGGGAUGCCAGUGAAGCUAAAUUGAAUGAGGAGCUAAAGUUGGUUGUUAAUGAUAGAUGGGAUUUUCAGGCUAGACAGAUGACCAGCAGUGAGUAUAUGGUGGUCUUUCUAGAUAAGGGCACAUUAGAGACUUUCUCUAAAAUUGCUUACUUGGAACUACCAAUCUACAAGUUGAAAGUCAAGAUCUCUAAAUCAUCUUUGGAUCUAGCCACUUUUUCUGUGCUCAAAACUUGCUGGGUUCAGAUAAGCAAUGUUCUAGGUGUUGCUAGGGAGUUUAUGGCUGAAGGGAAUUUUGGGAAAAGUCAGGAGUUCAAGGGUGGACCUUCGGGUGGUGGCAAGAAAGAUGAUAAACUAGAUAAACGUGACCCAAAGGACCAUGAUGACCCUAAAGGUAAGAAGAAGCUAAACAAGUUUGAUAGAAUGGGAAGACCUGGGAUCCUACUUCAGAUCUGCUACAAAAAUGCUCUGAUGAGCAUUCAGAUCAGACUGCUCAAGCUGAUACUGAACAGGAGCUUGGAUGCCUUGGAUGAUGAAAUUAUCCAACAAUCGUGGGUCAGCUCGGUCAAAAAGACAAAAGGGAAAAAGAAGGGUGGAGGAAAGGUGGGGUCCCCAACAUCCGGGGCCUCGCCGAGAGCGGCAUCGAUGAUGCCAGGCGCUACGAGGAGGCCUGCUGCAGGAAGCUGGAAGCCUUCUACUUCUAACGCCGAUGCCAGAAUCACCGGGGAUGCGAGGAAGAAGAAGGCCGCUGCGGUACUGGACAUGGGCGACGAGUAG